AUGGAAAGCACGAGCAAGCACACCGUGUUCGGCUUCAACUAUGGUCUCGACUGGCGGCCUACCUCUUUCGUGGAAGCCAUCUCCGCGGACUGCGUGUGCAGCGUUUGCGGACUGGUGCCUCGGAUGUCGGCCGCUCUGCCCUGCGGCCACCUGCUCUGCCUGCAGUGCUACGACCACAACGGGAGCAGACUGAACAGCUGUCCGUUGGAUAAGAAAUUCGUUGAUGCGGAAGGUGUGGUGUUCUCGACGCUCAGCGCGGAAAGUAUUCUCCGUCUCAAGGUACGCUGCUGGAACGCAGACAACGGUUGCGAUGCCGAGGACGCAGCUGUCGCCAUGCUGGAGCACUUUUUCAACGACUGCCAAUUCCACGCCGUGAGCUGCCGCACUUGCGGCAUCCGAGUGUUGCGACGGGACGUCGUCAACCACGUUACGAACAGCUGCCCAGACCCAUCUUCUCGGCAAUCACCGGACGAGCACCCUUUCCUCAGCGUCCUGGAGGUCGAGGAAGUGCUGAAGCAGAUAGCAGAUGAAACCGUGACUACAAAACCGUGGCACCAGUUGUUUGAAGAGCAACUCAGACGAGACUAG